GUCCUUCCAGUGUUAAAAAUAAAUAUUGAAUUUUUGUUAAAAGACGGGCUUAAAAAUUAAAUCAAUAACAAGAUAUCGUUAAAAUGAUCGCUAGGCCGUGGACCGACGACUUGCCGAAGUGUAAAAAUACGUGUGUAGCCUCUUAUUUCUCACAACUCGGCGGUGGUAGUUCUUCCAACGAUGACUAUCUUUGCUUUUAUUGUCAGACGGAGGAUAAUUCAUGCCUGUAUGGAGUUUUCGAGCCUCAUAAUGGCCUUGACGCAGCUCGAUUUAUCAUGCAGAGGAUGGCUGCAGAGUUGCUGUUCCCACCACCCUCCAUUAAUAAUUCUGAAGACGAGAUCAGAGAAAGACUGCGUAAUGCAUUUGUAUCAGUAGAAAAGGCAUACAUAGAGAACUAUGACGGUAUGAUAGCUGAGAGAACGAGCUUGCAAUAUAGACUGCAGACGUUGAAUGAAACACAGAUAUCCCAAAACUGCGACAACAUAUUACUCCGGUUGAAGGAGAUAGACCAGCACCUCUCUGGUGGUGCGACAGUCGCCCUAGCGUUGGUUCACAACGACCGACUGUAUGUCGCCAACGUUGGCGAGACGAGGGCGUUGCUGUGCAAGACUGAUGACAACUCGGUGUUACGAGUGGUACAGCUAACUGUAGACCACAGUCUACACAACGAGGAUGAGCUUCUACGGCUAUCACAGCUUGGGUUGGACGUCAAUAAGCUGAGGAAUGCCCAAUACCUCGGCAACCAGCCCGGCACCCGCUGCCUCGGCAACUACCUAGUGAAGGGCCUGUACCGGGCGUUCCCGUCGCUCGGCGCGGCCGCCUCGGAGCCCGUGCUAGCGGAGCCCGAGAUACACGGACCCAUACCGUUGGAUGAGUCGUGCAGAUUCCUAGUCCUAGUCAGCGCGGCGGUAUACAAACGCAUACAAGAAGUGAAAGGAUACGAACAGACGAACAAACAACUCGUCCAAACCAUAGUAGAGAACUUUCGUAAGCAGACGGACUUUAGGAAAUCCAGCCAGACGGUCCUACAGGAAAUUGAAGAAGAAUUCGUCUCGUACUGCGUCAAAAACAACCUAACUCCUAAACCAAAUACUCAUACGUCACUGCUAAUAAGAAAUUUCAACUUUUUACCACCCAUACAAAGCGAAGUCAAACCGAAUGUAAGAUUCAAUCCGAUAGUGCAGUCAAAAUCAAAUACGUUACUAAACGAAAUCGAUUUUUCGAACGAGCAAUCGGAUACGAAUCGGUCUAUCGAUAGUCGAUCGAUUGAUACGAAUCGAUCUAUCGAAUCGUCGGAUAUCUAUCCGAGUCAGCCUUACGAUAGGGAUAGGAGAAUUAAGGGAUAUGUAGAUUUCUCUUGUUAUUAUGAAAAUGUGGCGAAAGCGAGGAAAAAUGGCACUCUACCGGGUUUUAUUAAAUAAUUAUGAUCCAAAGAUGUAUAUUAUAUGAGAAGUAUGUACUUAAUUUUUAUUGUAUUUAUUUGUAUUUACAUAAUUUAUUUUCCAUACUAAUAGUAUUAUAAAGUAUGUCUUUCUCUCUGUUACCUUUUCACUACUGAAUCGAUGAAGAUUUGAAUAACCCGGAAAAUGUAAGGUCCCGUCCCGUGUGAUAAAUUGGGAGUUGCGACUUGCGAGAUAGGGCCUGUUUCACCACUUCCUGAUAGG